AUGCUUACAGCAGCGAUUGUCAAAAUUCACUCAGGAAACUAUGAUACUACAACUGUUUAUAAUUUAAAGCUUGCUAACCUUGGCCUUACAGAUGUCUCAAAACUCGGAGAUCUUUGCCCAGAUCUGAUUCGUCUAGAUUUAACCGGAAACAAGCUUGCAAGUCUUGCUGGAACAGAAAACUUAUCAAAACUUGAAGAAUUAGUCUUAGAUAAUACAUCUGUACCACUCACAGGCAUUGGAAAAAUCACAAGUCUUCAAAAGCUUUCAUUAAGAGAUUGCGGACUUUCCCAACUAAAUGCUAUUAAACCAGAAGAGUUCUCUAAACUUGUAAAUCUUCGUUAUCUUGACCUUAGACAAAACGCUAUUGCUCAGCAAUCAACACUCCCACAAUACAUUCGCCAAAUGUUACCAUCUGUUAGACAAUUAAAUGGUGACUUCUUAUUAUUCCCGAAGUUUGAUAAUAGCGCAAUUCAAAAACCUCCAACAGUCAGCUUCGCAGGACCAGAUUCUACAGUUAAUUUUGAUGAUGUUGAACAGCGCUUAAACAAGCAAAUGGAUGAAGUUGCUGCCUCUAUCAAAGAUUGCCAACAAAGACUUUCUGAGGCCGAAGUUCUUGUACACAGACGUCUGAAGGAAGUUAAGGAUUAUGCUGAACAAAUCAUAGCCGAUGAUGGCUCGAAAUCUGCCAAAUAA